AUGGAAAAAGGAUAUCGCCAUCGAAGACCCCUUGAAUGGUAUACGUCAUCAUCAUCUUUGUACUCUAUUCUAAAUGGUGCACUUCGGGAAAUGAAUGUUAGUAUUUUACUCAAAAUAGGAUUUUUCAUCCGAGAUUUAUAUGAAAAUAUCGAAGGCUUAUGUGAAGAACAACAAUCUAAUCCAAGAAUAGCUAAAACAGCUGCUUCUGAUGUUUAUCGUGGGCAAGGCUUAGUUCCAUAUGCUUUUGAAAAAAUGAGAAAAGGUGAAGUAAAACUCAAGUCUUUCAAUAACUUUCUGUCAACUAGCGUAAAACGUGAUGUAGCUACAAUGUUCGCAGAAUCAGCUACAGGUGAUCCUAAUUUAGUUGGCGUACCCAUGUAA